AAAAUGCAUUGACAAGUAUUGCGUUUGUAAACAUUUCACCUCACAUAGUCGGUGCCGAAAAAAAUAAGUUUUCAAUUUUAUUUUGAAGUUUAUUUUCUCUUUUUGGUAUUAAAAUGUUGAAAAAUACGUUAAAAUUUGCUUGCAAUCGUUAUGGAUUUCUUAGUGGUCGUCGUCAAAUCGCCAGUUUAUCGGCAUUAUCAGAAACUCAUCAAAUGCUACAGAAGACUUGUCGUGAUUUUGCCGACAAUGAAUUGAAACCUAUUGCAGCAAAAAUUGACCGUGAACACUUGUAUCCAAAGGAGCAAAUACAAAAAAUGGGUGAAUUAGGAUUGAUGGGACUGGUUGUACCGGAAGAGUAUGGUGGAACUGGUCUUGAUUACUUGGCAUAUGCAAUUGCAAUGGAAGAAAUAUCACGCGGUUGUGCGUCGGCCGGUGUAAUAAUGUCGGUGAAUAAUUCAUUGUAUUUGGGUCCAUUGUUAAGUUGGGGCAAUGACCAGCAAAAGAGCGACUUUGUACAGCCAUUUACAAUGGGAGACCGUGUUGGAUGUUUUGCAUUGUCGGAACCAGGGAACGGAUCAGAUGCCGGGGCCGCAUCAACCACAGCCGUUUUAAAAGGUGAUCGAUACAUUUUGAAUGGAACAAAGGCGUGGAUUACAAAUGGAUAUGAAGCCGAAGCCGCUGUUGUAUUUGCCACAACCAAUAAAGAACUGAAACACAAAGGCAUAUCAGCGUUCAUAGUGCCAAAAGGUUUGCCUGGGUUUUCAUUGGGUAAAAAAGAAGACAAAUUAGGCAUUCGAGGUUCAUCGACGUGCUAUCUAAUAUUCGAAGACUGUGAAAUUCCGGCCGAAAAUAUGCUAGGUGAGGCUGGUUAUGGAUUCAAAAUUGCCAUGAAGACAUUGGACGCUGGUCGUAUUGGAAUCGCUAGUCAAGCACUCGGUAUCGCUCAGGCUUCACUAGAAUGUGCCGUCGAUUAUGCCACAAAACGAACAGCAUUUGGAAAACCAAUUUCAAAAUUACAAACCAUUCAAACGAAAAUCGCCGAUAUGUCACUGCAAAUUGAAUCGGCGCGUUUGUUAACCUGGCGUACUGCUUGGCUCAAAGAUCAAGGGCUACCAUACACUAAAGAAGCGGCUAUGGCAAAAUUGGCCGCAUCCGAAGCCGCCACAUUCUGUUCCCAUCAAGCAAUCCAAAUAUUAGGCGGCAUGGGUUAUGUCAGUGACAUGCCCGCUGAACGUCAUUAUCGCGAUGCACGUAUUACCGAAAUCUACGAGGGCACAUCGGAAAUUCAACGGCUCGUCAUCGCCGGCUGUAUCAUUAAAGAAUUAUCAUAAGAAGAUUUUAUCAUUACGAAAAAAAAACGGCGUCACAUUUUGGCUUAAAAAAUAUUCAAUUUUGUUUUUAUUUUUCUAAUCCAUGGGAAAAUUGUUCGGCCAACUUAUGUGGCUAAUAAAUGAUUUUUCAAAAAUAAUAAUAAUAAAUUUUGUAAAUGUUUUUUGGGAACAAAUUGAAAUA